ACUUUUAUGUGAUAUUGGUUGACGACACAGUGCUGUUGCGUAUACUCGUAGGGAACUGGUGCUCAAUUGCCGGAUACAAUCACACAAAUGCGUCUACGGUGGGCUGUUUGAAAAAGGAGGAAAUCAAUUGAAGAGGCUCCAGUGCACGUAAACAUGCUUGCUAGUCGCUGUGCUCGUUACAUCAGUACAAACCACGUUCUCUGGCAGUCAAACACCAAAAAGUCCUUGUUGGCUGAGCUUCGCAAGAAAACUGGAUAUCCCUUUAUCAACUGUAAAAAAGCACUCGAGCUGCAUGACAACGAUUUGGCAAAGGCAGAGUCAUGGCUGAAGGAACAGGCACAAGCAUUAGGCUGGUCAAAAGCUGAAAAGCUGCAGGGCAGAUCAACCUCUCAGGGUCUUGUUGGUGUUAUUUUCAACCAAUUCCAUGGUGCACUAGUUGAGAUAAACUGCGAAACAGACUUUGUUGCUCGAAAUAAGGAAUUUCAUCAGCUGACUGAUACUGUUGCAUCAGCUGUUUUAAAACACACAAUCGCCACAGACUCAAAUGGCAUGUACAAUAGAACAGUUUUGGAUGCAGAUGCACUGAAAGCAUUGCAAGCUCUUGAUGGGAAAUCUGUGGCAGACCAUUCUGCUCUGGCCAUUGGUACUCUUGGAGAAAAUAUACUAGUCAGACGUGCGCUUUGUAUGUAUGUGCCACAAGAUACUGUUCUAUUUGGAUACUCGCAUCCAACACCAACAGAAUCUGGCUCAACUUCGUUUGGACGAUAUGGAGCUCUGGUAGCUUUCAAAACAACAGAUGAUAAAGAGACAAUUGGAAAGCAGUUGUGUCAGCAUAUAAUUGGUAUGAAUCCUACCAAGAUUGGUGAUCCAGAAAUUGAUGUGGAAAAAAGCGAGGACUCAGAUAAUGAAAAGAUACUUAUUCAUCAAGACUUUCUGUUUGAUUCAACCAUCACUGUACAGGAAUUAUUGGAAGAAACAAAUACGCAAAUCUUGGAUUUCGCGAGAUUUGAGAUGGGUGAAGUGGUAGAAGGACAACAGAGUUUAGAUGCUGUUGAAACUGGAGGUUAAAUAAAUUGUUAAAUAAAUUAUUUUUAUUAACUGGAGCCCAACAAUUUGUUAUGUAAAAUAAAUGAAUUGUUUGUGUAGCAUUUAAGUAUGCAUA